UCGGCCCGGCGUUGCCCCCGAUAAUCGUCAGGUUAGGAGUUAGGAGAGGCAUGGGUGAUACCGGUCACGCGGAUAUGUUGCCCGCCGACACGACGCGACUUACCGCCGACUCCGGCUUCAGCGAAUUGCUGAGAUCGGCGGAGCAGCUGUCCGCAGCCGUCGAGGGAAACGAGGAUCUGCCGCAGGUCGACAGAAAUCUGCGACAGAUAUUGGAGGCGUCCAACGAGCUGUGGUCUCGCGUCACGCAAACGGGCACGCAGGACAAUGAGGCGCAAGCUCAUGUCUUACUAGGCUCCCGAGGAAUAGAUCUGUCUCAAAUCUCACAGAAGUUAAAUUCGCUCAGUGCAAGGCGCACGUUUGAGCCCCUAGAUCCUAUCGCAGACACCGACAUUGUCAGUUAUCUCAGGAAUGAAAAGGAGAAUGCAAUUCUUUCCAUCAUCGAACAAGUCCACAAAGACACAUUUGAGCUUACCAGAGCUCAACAAAUGGAACAUAUGCUGGGUGAAUGGAAGCAAAUGCGUUUUGAGAUAAUAAACGCCAUGACCGCGCCGUCCGGCGAGUUAGUGGAUUUACGUGGUGCUCCGCAGCGUACAAAACUAGCCGGUUCGAUGGUUAGCGGUCUCUCCAACAUAGAAGUUGCCUACGUGAAGGAAUUGCAGACUUAUAACGAUCACGUGCUGAGAGGUGUAACGCGGCCCAGCCUGUUUAACGCGUUCUCUAGAGCCUCCGAGUCUUUUAACGACAAGAAGAUCGUGGAUCUAUGGCAAAUGGUGAAGUGUAUGGUUGAUAUUCCGCCGACACCCAGAGGAGAUCAAAUUAAAUCCAGAAGCAGCUCUGUGAUCGAACAGAGAAUCGUCUCGCAAGCUAAAAAGUAUCUAGAAAACCGAUACAGAGAUUUCAUGAACUCCAUAAUCAACGAGAAUCUGAUGCAAGCGAAACGAGGUGGCGUUCCAGGCACUAUACCUUUGGUCAAGAGCUUCGUGGGUGUCAAAGUGCAAAAUCUGAGGGAUCUGGAGGAUGCUAUGGUAGAACACAAGCCGUUGUGGCCGCUAGUGUACUACUGCAUGCGAGCUGGGGACUAUAAAGCCGCGCUGCAGUGCUUGAAUCAAUGCAGUAUAGAAUUUCCGGAAUUUAAAACGGCCCUCGAGGAAGCCUGCGACGAUCCACAACAUCAUCCGAGCAGUCGCGCCGAGUCCAUCCUGAAGCUGCACUACAGGAAGCAAGUACGAUCCGUCACCGAUCCGUACAAGAGAGCGGCGUAUUGUGUCUUGGUUCCUUGCGAGCCGGAUGAUUUACACUCCGAAGUGAUAUCCACGGCCGACGAUUAUUUGUGGCUGAAGUUGUGCCAAGUGAGAGAUCAGGCGGACGUUGAGAAUAAACUGACGUUGGAUUAUCUACAGACUACAAUUUCAGAAAUAUAUGGAGAAACUUAUUAUCACGCGCACGAACAGCCAUUUUUGUACUUUUCGAUGCUGUUUUUGACCGGGCAGUUUGAAGCAGCGAUAGAAUUCUUAGCCACAGGCGCUGGAGCGAGGCAUUUGCCACAUGCUGUUCAUCUGGCCGCCGCCAUGCACGAACACAAUUUGUUGGCUGUCAGUCAAAGCGUUUUAGCGCCUCUGAUAAGCGUGGAUCCCGCCGAUAAGCCGCCAGCGAAGAGACUGAAUUUCGCUAGACUGAUAUUGUUGUAUGUUAAAAGAUUUGAAUCAUCAGACCCGAAAGAAGGCCUCCAUUAUUUAUUUUUAUUGAGAUGUAUGAAGGACCCGUAUGAUCGUAAUAUGUUCGCUGCGUCUGCCGCGGAAAUGGUAGUAGAUGCUUCUCCUGCGAACCGCGUUUUGUUGGUCGGAAAGCUCGACAAAGAUCGUAGACUUCCAGGGAUCUUGGAUCAAUUCCAGAUCAAUAUGGACGACGUGAUAAAUAUAUGUGCCGAAACAUUGUACAGGAAAGGUCUGCUGGAAGAUGCGGUCAUGAUGUACGAUUUAGCUAGAAAUCACGAGAAGGUUCUUAGUUUGAUGUGCACGCUGUUGACGCAAGUUGUUAGCCAAAAAGGACCGCCCGGAUCUCUCAGAGCACGGUUACAAGUCACAGCCAUGGAUAUUAGUACAAGGUAUAAAGACAUCGCAAUCCAAGCACCUUCGGAAGUGGUGUCUUCUUUCUAUACUUUGAGGGAUCUUAUGGUUUUCUUCGAUCAAUUCCACAAUGAACAAUAUCAGAGCGCACUUAGGACAAUUGCGGAUUCGAAGAUGUUGCCUCUUCAAGUAAAAGAAGUCGACGAAAGAGUGAACGCUUUACGUCGGGUGUCGCCCGAAGUGGCUGGCACAUUAGCCGAUGUUCUUCUAGCCACUAUGACAAUAUUGUAUCGUCAGUAUCAGAAAUUGCGAUCGGUGGAACCAGGCGAUAAAAUCGCGAGGGAGCAGCAGUUGCACGAUCUCCGAGAGCAAGCCCGAGCGUUAACGAGUUUCGCGGGAACGUUGCCAUAUCGUAUGCCAAACGAGACAAACAGCAAACUUGUACAAAUGGAGAUUCUAAUGCAUUAGUAUUGAAUGCAAAAUUUAUAUUUUAAUAUUUAAAUACAGUAAAUAUACAGUUGCUAGUUA